AUGGACGCACCGGAGAAGCCUCCAGUGGUCAUGACUACAGAUAGCAGUGUCGAGCCCGAGGCACAUGGCACAAUUACUGAGAUCUACAUUGGUCCUGCCAAAGAGGCUGCGGUGAUGAGGAAAUUCGAUAAAUAUGUCUUGCCAGUUUCCGUGGUGUUUCUUGUCCUUUCAACCUUGGAUCGAAAUAAUCUUGGGAAUGCGGUUGUAUUCGGCUUCGACACCGACCUUGGGCUUGUGGGUGGCCAGUUCGGCAAUAUCAACACUCUUUCAAGCGUCUGCACUAUACUAUUCGAACUCCCAUGGGUGCUGGCAGUCAGGCGCUUUGGAGCCAAUAAAGCGCUCGGCGUUUCUCUCCUUUCAUGGAGUAUCUGUACUCUUGGAACCGCCUUUAUCCAAAACUAUGCACAGGCAAUCAUUGUUCGCAUGCUACUUAAUGCAUGCGAAGCUGGUCUUGCGCAGGGAUUCGCGUAUCUUUUCACCACUAUCUACCCCCGCGGAGAGGCAGGAAAGCGUAUCAUGACAACAAAUCUUUCUGCAUGUAUCUCUGGCGCUUUUGGAGGCCUCUUUGCAUACGCUAUCCAGCUCAUGGGCGACAGGCGUGGACUCGCCGCCUGGAGAUGGCUGUUUAUCGUCGAGUUCUGCAUCACUGUGGUCGUUGGCGGUAUCGGCUUGUUCUUCCUUCCAUCCUCGGCUGAAACAGCAUGGUUUUUGAACCCAGAAGAGAAAGAAAUCAUGCGCCUAAAAAAGCAGCGCGACAUGAUUCAUAGAGGAGAUGAGAAAUUCGAUCGGAAGUGGAUCAAGAUUGCUCUUACUGAUCCCUUUGUCUACCUUCUCGGUAUCGCUUUCUUUACGUCUUCUGUUGCGAUUAAUGGAUUCGGCGUUUUCCUGCCUACUAUUCUCGCUGGUCUUGGAUACGCUUCCCUUUCGGUCAACUACAUGACCAUUCCCGUCUAUGUCCUCGGCGCUAUAUCUCUUGUGAUCCAGGUUUACUUUUCAGACAAGAUGAAGAAGCGCGCAGCAUUCAUUAUCGGAAGCUGCGUACCAGUUGCCAUUGGAUAUCUUGUUUGUGUCGGUACUCCCAAUGCUCAUGCCGGCUACGCUGGGAUGUUUAUUCUCGUUCUGGGCCUCUUCCCGAUUUCAACUCUGGCCGUAACCUGGAUCGCCACCAAUCUAUCGCCAGACGACAAACGAGCCAUUGGUAUGCCCGUAGCCUAUUCCAUUGCCAACAUAUCAGCCUUGGUAUCCUCACAGCUCUACCCUGAUCAGCAAGGCCCUCGAUACAUUCAGGGCAAUGCCAUUUCUGCUGGGUUGACGGUCGUUGCAGCGUUCUUGUACGGUGGUUGUUGGUUGCUACUCAAACGCAGAAAUGCGAAAAAGGAAAAAAUGAUCGCUGAUGGAGCUACUACCAAUGGUCUUGAGGGGGAUAGGAGUUUAGAUUCUAUGUACAUUCUAUAA